AUGCAGGCGGACUCCCUUCUUCACAGUGGCUACUUCCACCCAGUGCUACGCUCCUGGCAGUGUACGGCAUCCACCUUCGAUGCCUCCAACCUCAUCUACCCCAUUUUUGUCACUGACAGCCCUGAUGCAGUGGAGCCGAUCCCCAGCCUCCCUGGACAAGCCAGGUACGGAGUCAACAAGCUGGAGGGGAUGCUGCGUCCCCUCGUCGAGGACGGUCUGAAGUGUGUGCUCAUCUUCGGGGUGCCCAGCAAGGUCCACAAGGAUGAGAGAGGCUCCGCUGCUGAUGCAGAGGACACACCUGCCAUCCAGGCAAUCAAGAAGAUCCGCUCCACCUUCCCAGAGCUCCUCAUUGCCUGUGAUGUCUGCUUGUGCCCUUACACUUCCCAUGGGCACUGUGGCAUCCUGCGUGAAGAUGGCACCAUCCAGAACGAGAUCAGCUGCCAGCGGCUGGCAGAAGUAGCGCUGGCCUACGCCAAAGCAGGCUGCCACAUCGUUGCCCCCUCAGAUAUGAUGGAUGGGCGCAUCGCGGCCAUGAAGAAGGCACUGGUCUCCAAUGACCUGGGCAACAAGGUUUCGGUGAUGAGCUACAGUGCCAAGUUUGCUUCGUGCUUCUACGGUCCCUUCAGGGAUGCUGCACUAUCCAAACCCGCCUUCGGAGACAGGCGAUGCUACCAGCUGCCCCCGGGCGCCAGGGGCCUGGCGAUGCGUGCCGUGGACCGGGACGUGCGCGAGGGAGCAGACAUGCUGAUGGUGAAGCCGGGGAUGCCCUACCUGGACCUUGUGAGGGAAGUCAAGGCUCGAGGCGGGCACGGGGUGGCUCUGGCGGAGGGCGAG